AUGGGGACAUCCCUCAAUGCCCUCAAUGCGCCGGGCAGCCUGACCCAGCGCAGGCAAGCUGCGUCGAACCUUCCCGCAUUCGAGCUGCCACCCCCAACAAAUAUCCAAUUCACUCCAAUAUCAAUUCAUAAGAUCCCUCCUCUUUCCGGAAUCAACACCUCUCAUGCUGGUGCAGGGCAUGUGAGUCUGGGCCAGCUUCUUACGCCGCCAUCGAACUCGGCGUCAGAAGGAAGUGCAGCUUCAUCUGCCCUUCCUACGACCACGACCCCCAACAGUGCCGCUGUUCCAGUUCUUCCCUAUACACCUACCUUCUUUAAUACUGGCACUACACCAACUGGCUAUAACACGGGCUUCACUCCUCAGCCCUGGCAUAAUGGAAACGCUUUGAUGCCCCCCCGUUCCAUGUUCUCCCCGAUGGGCGCCCAGCCGAUGAGGAAUCAUUCCAAUUCCCCUUCGACCGGAGAAGGCUCAGCAUUGCCACCUCCUCCAUAUGAUCUGAACACCAUUCAGCCAUACGGAGCACAUCUCCCGAUAUCUUCUCCUAUGACUGCUACCAGUUCUGCCGCCCAACAUCACGUAUUGUCGUCUUUGCAGAAUGAAGGUCGACAAUCGAGCCAACGGUCUCCUAUUUCCCCAAGCGAGGGAGUCAGCAAGCCAUCUCCCAGUCCUGCGCUGUUCACAAGUGUGACAAGCACUGCUUCCCACCCAUCUGUCUAUGCAUAUGCAACUUCUACACCGAUCUCUCAGAGUCCGCAUCCGCAUCCCCUGCCGGGACCGCGUGUUUCUCCCACACUCCAAGGGCCACUUCCACCACAACCCCAUGCGCCAUUUAUGAGGCCGCCACCGCCUUCAUAUUCCUUGCCGGCAAUGCCAGGUCAGAUGAUGUCAAAUAUGCACAGUCCAGGAGCACAAAUGUCGAUAGUGGGCAACAUGCAGGCGAAUAUGUUACCGGUAACCUUCAACAGCGGUUACGCUGCAAAUUCGCAUGGCAUGUAUGGUCAACAACGGACGGGUACCCCACAGUCUUCCCCCAACGACCGUCCUUUCAAAUGUGAUCAGUGCCCCCAGAGCUUCAAUCGCAAUCACGACUUGAAGAGGCACAAAAGGAUUCAUCUCGCCGUCAAGCCUUUCCCUUGCAAUCACUGCGACAAGAGUUUCUCACGCAAAGAUGCGCUUAAGAGGCACAUUCUGGUCAAGGGAUGCGGCAGUGGCUCUACAACUGACGGUAUAUCCCGAGAUGAACACACAAAAUCUGAAUCUGGCAGCGAUGGUGUUAGCGGCAGCCCGGCUGCGGCAACAGCAGCAUGA